AUGGUUCCAUGGCAUGUUGUUUUUCUUUUCACAAUUUUACUGUUUAGUGAAAAUGCAGCUGCUACAUGCCUGCCGCUGAGAAUUUCUGCCCCGGGUUUGAACGUUAAUUUUUACGGUUACGACCUACGAACCCGUGCGGGAUGGAAUGACGACUACUUCACCGGCGGAUACAAAAACGGCGGACUAAAAAAAACAGUGGAAAAUGUAGUUGACAUCAAUUUUUCAUUUCCUUCCACUCGUUCUCGUGUUGUCGUGAAUGGCAACAUCUACGGAUAUCCUUUGACUAUUUCCAAUUUUUCGAUGGAGCUCACAGGUUAUUUUCGCGCCGACUACACAGGUACACACACAUUUACUAUUGUGGCCGAUGAUGGAGUCACCCUACAGUUUGGGAAUGGUGUAUAUUGUUGUGACGAUGUUAACGGUGCAUUAGGUAACACCAGUUUCGGUAUCAAUUCCUUGAGAGGUUAUGGUGGAAAUCCGCCAGCAAACCCCAGUACCUUCAGUGUUCAGUUGCAAGCUGGUCGCUACUAUCCCAUGAAAUUAAUCUUUUUCAAUUGGGAUGGUAUACUGCAACUUGAUGUCUCCUACGUUAAUCCUCUUGGUAAAAAAGUCCUGACGUUUGGUAACGUAUAUCAAGCUAGUUUUGAUAAUGAAGUAUGCUACGUCCAAACAAAGACUACAAUGUGGACGGGUUCUAUCACUCUGACGACUACUCAAUUUACCACCUAUACAUCAGAGGGUACUGUCUACUCCAACGAAAUUAUUAAUAUAGAAGUUCCAAUGCCUACGGAUACUACUACUGAACCUUGGACUGGAUCUGACACUACGACGUUCACGACUUUGACUGUUGUUACUGCCGGGAGUACUACGUUCACAGAGCACUUAGUUGUGAUUCAAACACCAAUGCCAACAGAGACUACUACUAAGCCUUGGACUGGAUCAGAUACUACGACGUUCACGACGUUGACUGUUGUUACUGCGGACAGUACCACUUUCACAGAGCAUUUGGUUGUGGUUCAGACUCCUACUAUUCCAAUCUCCACCACUACCGUUGCAUGGACUGGCAAUUAUACCACUACUGUAACUGGACCAGUAACUGUAACUUCUGGUUCAGUAGUGUACACCACUAGUGCAGUAACUGUCGAGGUUCCAAUGCCAACAGAGACCACUACUAUGCCUUGGACCGGAUCUGAUACUUCAACAUUCACGACUUUGACGGUUGUUACUUUAGACAGUACUACGUUCACAGAGCAUUUGGUUGUGGUUCAAACUCCUACUGCGGAACUUUCAACCACCACUGUUGCAUGGACUGGCAACUAUACGACUACGGUAACUGGACCGGUUACUGUCACAUCGGGAUCAAAUGUCUACACUACCAGCGCAGUAACUGUUGAAGUACCAAUGCCAACAGAGACCACUACUAAACCUUGGAGUGGAUCAGACACUACGACGUUCACGACGUUGACUGUUGUUACUGCGGACAGUACCACUUUCACAGAGCAUUUGAUUGUGGUUCAGACUCCUACUAUUCCAAUCUCCACCACUACCGUUGCAUGGACUGGCAACUAUACGACUACGGUAACUGGACCAGUUACUGUCACGUCGGGAUCAAUUAUCUACACUACCAGUGCAGUAACUGUUGAAGUACCAAUGCCAACAGAGACCACUACUAAGCCUUGGACUGGAUCAGAUACUUCAACGUUUACAACUUUGACGGUUGUUACUUUAGACAGUACUACGUUCACAGAGCAUUUGGUUGUGGUUCAAACUCCUACUGCGGAACUUUCAACCACCACUGUUGCAUGGACUGGCAAUUAUACCACUACUGUAACUGGACCAGUUACUGUCACGUCGGGAUCAAUUAUCUACACUACCAGUGCAGUAACUGUUGAAGUACCAAUGCCAACAGAGACCACUACUAAGCCUUGGACUGGAUCAGAUACUUCAACGUUUACAACUUUGACGGUUGUUACUUUAGACAGUACUACGUUCACAGAGCAUUUGGUUGUGGUUGAGACUCCGACUCCUGAAAUUUCUACUACGAUUGUCCCAUGGACUGGUGAUUACACCACAACUGUUUUCGAACUUGUGACGACGACUUCUGGUUCGUUAGUGUACAGUUUCAGUAUUGAAGCCAUCAAAGUUCCUGUCCCAGUUAUCACGACUUCGGUGCCAUGGAAUGGUUCGUUCACUACACUGUAUACAACAUUGACCACCGUGGAGAAUGACAGCACCACCAUUACUGAGUUUUGGGUCGUCGUUGAAACUCCGACUAUUGGACUUUCUACUACGACUGCCCCAUGGACUGGCAAUUAUACGACUACGGUAACUGGACCAGUUACUGUCACAUCGGGAUCAAAUGUCUACACUACCAGCGCAGUAACUGUUGAAGUACCAAUGCCAACAGAGACCACUACUAAACCUUGGACUGGAUCAGAUACUACGACGUUCACGACGUUGACUGUUGUUACUUUAGACAGUACCACUUUCACAGAGCAUUUGGUUGUGGUUCAAACUCCUACUGCGGAACUUUCAACCACCACUGUUGCAUGGACUGGCAAUUAUACGACUACGGUAACUGGACCAGUUACUGUCACAUCGGGAUCAAUUAUCUACACUACCAGUGCAGUAACUGUUGAAGUACCAAUGCCAACAGAGACCACUACUAUGCCUUGGACCGGAUCUGAUACUUCAACAUUCACGACUUUGACGGUUGUUACUUUAGACAGUACUACGUUCACAGAGCAUUUGGUUGUGGUUCAGACUCCUACUAUUCCAAUCUCCACCACUACCGUUGCAUGGACUGGCAACUAUACGACUACGGUAACUGGACCAGUUACUGUCACAUCGGGAUCAAUUGUCUACACUACCAGCGCAGUAACUGUUGAAGUACCAAUGCCAACAGAGACCACUACUAAACCUUGGAGUGGAUCAGAUACUACGACGUUCACGACGUUGACUGUUGUUACUUUAGACAGUACCACUUUCACAGAGCAUUUGGUUGUGGUUCAAACUCCUACUGCGGAACUUUCAACCACCACUGUUGCAUGGACUGGCAAUUAUACGACUACGGUAACUGGACCAGUUACUGUCACAUCGGGAUCAAUUGUCUACACUACCAGCGCAGUAACUGUUGAAGUACCAAUGCCAACAGAGACCACUACUAAACCUUGGAGUGGAUCAGACACUACGACGUUCACGACGUUGACUGUUGUUACUGCGGACAGUACCACUUUCACAGAGCAUUUGAUUGUGGUUCAGACUCCUACUAUUCCAAUCUCCACCACUACCGUUGCAUGGACUGGCAACUAUACGACUACGGUAACUGGACCAGUUACUGUCACAUCGGGAUCAAUUGUCUACACUACCAGCGCAGUAACUGUUGAAGUACCAAUGCCAACAGAGACCACUACUAAACCUUGGAGUGGAUCAGAUACUACGACGUUCACGACGUUGACUGUUGUUACUUUAGACAGUACCACUUUCACAGAGCAUUUGGUUGUGGUUCAAACUCCUACUGCGGAACUUUCAACCACCACUGUUGCAUGGACUGGCAAUUAUACGACUACGGUAACUGGACCAGUUACUGUCACAUCGGGAUCAAUUGUCUACACUACCAGCGCAGUAACUGUUGAAGUACCAAUGCCAACAGAGACCACUACUAUGCCUUGGACCGGAUCUGAUACUUCAACAUUCACGACUUUGACGGUUGUUACUUUAGACAGUACUACGUUCACAGAGCAUUUGGUUGUGGUUCAGACUCCUACUAUUCCAAUCUCCACCACUACCGUUGCAUGGACUGGCAACUAUACGACUACGGUAACUGGACCAGUUACUGUCACAUCGGGAUCAAUUGUCUACACUACCAGCGCAGUAACUGUUGAAGUACCAAUGCCAACAGAGACCACUACUAUGCCUUGGACCGGAUCUGAUACUUCAACAUUCACGACUUUGACGGUUGUUACUUUAGACAGUACUACGUUCACAGAGCAUUUGAUUGUGGUUCAGACUCCUACUAUUCCAAUCUCCACCACUACCGUUGCAUGGACUGGCAACUAUACGACUACGGUAACUGGACCAGUUACUGUCACAUCGGGAUCAAUUAUCUACACUACCAGUGCAGUAACUGUUGAAGUACCAAUGCCAACAGAGACCACUACUAUGCCUUGGACCGGAUCUGAUACUUCAACAUUCACGACUUUGACGGUUGUUACUUUAGACAGUACUACGUUCACAGAGCAUUUGGUUGUGGUUCAGACUCCUACUAUUCCAAUCUCCACCACUACCGUUGCAUGGACUGGCAACUAUACCACUACUGUUACUGGACCGGUUACUGUCACAUCGGGAUCAAAUGUCUACACUACCAGUGCAGUAACUGUUGAAGUACCAAUGCCAACAGAGACCACUACUAAGCCUUGGACCGGAUCUGAUACUUCAACAUUCACGACUUUGACGGUUGUUACUUUAGACAGUACUACGUUCACAGAGCAUUUGAUUGUGGUUCAGACUCCUACUAUUCCAAUCUCCACCACUACCGUUGCAUGGACUGGCAAUUAUACCACUACUGUAACUGGACCAGUAACUGUAACUUCUGGUUCAGUAGUGUACACCACUAGUGUUGUUACUGUUGAAGUUCCGAUGCCUACCAUCACGACUACCGUGCCAUGGUCUGGAACUUUUACUUCAACUUAUACCACAUUAACCACUGUGGAAAACGACAGUACUACUUACACCGAGCAUGUGGUAGUUAUUGAGACUCCUACAGCCGGACUUUCAACGACUACAGUUCCAUGGCCAGGUUCUUUUACCAACACGGUAACUGGACCAGUCACCGUGACGUCAGGAUCAGUAGUGUACACCACUAGUGUUGUUACUGUUGAAGUUCCAAUGUCUACCAUCACGACUACCGUGCCAUGGUCUGGAACUUUUACUUCAACUUAUACCACAUUAACCACUGUGGAAAACGACAGUACUACUUACACCGAGCAUGUGGUAGUUAUUGAGACUCCUACAGCCGGACUUUCAACAACUACAGUUCCAUGGACAGGUACAUUCACCACGACUAUCACUGGGCCUGUAACUGUGACGACUGGCUCACUGGCAUAUAUUACCAAUGCUGUUACUGUUCAAGUUCCUGAAUCCAGGUACACGACAACAAUUCCAUGGACUGGAAGCUUCACUAAAACAUACACUACUAUGACGACUGUCACAUAUGACAGUACGACUGUGACAGGGCCAUUGAUUGUGAUUGAAACGCCAAUGUUCACAAAGUAUACCAACAGCACUUCGUCAGGAAUUGUAUCUCUGAGUGCGAGUGAACAGUCUAGCGCUUUGAGCACAUCCUUCGUUGAGUCACAUUCUGGUUCCUCCUCAAGAACAUGCAUUCAUAGCCAGUGCUCAGGCCCAUCUCCGAAUUCUUCUAUUAGUUUCAGUCCUUCCGAAGUUGAGUCAACUGUUUCUUCCACCAUAUCUGGCGUUAUAACUGAACGUACAGAUAACACUACAGCUGAUAGUACAGUUAGCACUUCAGUCGACUCUAAUGCCUGCACUUCAACGUAUACUACAACUGAAACUACAUCUGACAUUACAUCUGCCACUACAGGUGACAGUGACGUUGGCAUUACAACUGAAACUAUAUCUGACAUUACAUCUGCCACUACAGGUGACAGUGACGUUGGCAUUACAACUCAAACUACCGUUGGCACUACCACGGGUGCGGCAAUUUCCACUUACAGUACAUUGAGAUAUACUACAAUCAAUUACAUCUCAUCUGCUCAGAAACAAAAUGAAUCUGAUUCUAGUUCUGAUUCUGGAUCGGGCUCAGAUUCUGAUUCUAGCUCAGGCUCAGGUUCUGGAUCAGGCUCAGGCUCAGGUUCAGGCUCAGGUUCUGGAUCAGGCUCAGGUUCUGGAUCAGGUUCAGGUUCUGGUACAUCCAGCCUGCUCGACUCUUCUACUGUACACUCUUUGUUUGAGGGCUCGGGAGCUAAACACUCGAUGCCCUUCGCAAUGCUUCUAUUCGCAUGGAUACACUUAAUUUGA